CAGAGGUCCACAGCCAGACACCAGCUCUCCGCAGAGGGGGAUAGCCCUAAACCCCCACCAGCCGUACUCCAACAUGAAAACGCCCUUGAGACAACACAUCCAAGGGGGCCUGCAAGAAGGAAAGAGCAUAACGGUGAAGGGACGAGUACUGCUGGGGGCCAAAAGCUUCUACGUGAACCUGCAGUGUGGUGAUGGUCCGGAGGCAAAUGUGGCCCUACACUUCAGUGCCAGGUUUGACAAGCUCCCGGGGUACGUGGUGCUGAACAGCUACCAUCAGAACACCUGGAGCAAGGAGUGCAAGUAUGAGUCGCCUAUCCCCCGCGGCUCCACCUUCGCCCUUGAAAUCAUGGUGAACCGUGACUCCUAUUUGACUUCUGUCAACGGAAUCUUCUUCUUGGAAUACCUUCACCAGCUUCCACCCAGCAGCGUCAACACCAUCUGGGUGGAUGGUGGAAUAGAACUGGAAUCCGUCGAGUUUCCUAACACCAGCGUGAGCCCCCCUGAGAGUCCCACUAUCUUUGUGCUGCUCAACACAGCGUUUUAA